GAGUACACACAACCCUUGGGCUUCGUGUUGCCUAGGCGACCAGGCCAAAAUCGACGUUUUUCUUUACUGACUUGAGUUUUUCACAGCAUACCUCCAUAGAGUAAUACGUGUACAAAAAGUCUUCUAUUAUAUCGUAGUGAAGGUAGAAGAGUGCUUCCGAAUGUCAACAUACUCUACGAGCACAACCAAUUUAGCAACCAUAGUGUCGUUUUCAUAGUUUUCGUUCAUUUUUCCUGAGUUUUUGGGUUUGUUUUACGUGGUCCGCCACUGAUGAGACAGCGAGCAUACUGCCACAAAGAUUGUAUAGACAUUCCUUCAAUUCUUUAGUACACAGAUUCUGGCUCCAUAAUGAAUCGUGAAGGGGUAGUUCAAAGGAGGACAGCUCGUGUUGGGACAGGAGGGGGAGGACCUGUUGAAAUAUCAUCAGGCACAUCUGAACUUGAAGAUAGACGUACAAAUAAUGAGUUAGACGAUAUGGAUGAUUUGGAUUCCAAGGAAACAAGGUUAACUCUAAUGGAAGAAGUGUUAUUACUGGGACUUAAAGAUAAAGAGGGCUACACAUCAUUCUGGAAUGACUGCAUAUCUAGUGGACUUCGUGGAUGCAUAUUAAUAGAGCUUGGUCUUCGAGGGCGUGUGGAGCUGGAAAAAGGAGGAAUGAGGAAGAGGUCCCUGUUGGGAAGAAAAAUUCUCCUCAAGAAUGACUCACCCACAGGAGAUGUUCUCCUAGAUGAAGCCCUUAAGCAUGUAAAGGAAACUGAUCCUCCUGAGACGGUCCAGAAUUGGAUAGAGUAUUUAAGUGGAGAAACAUGGAAUCCCUUAAAACUGAGAUAUCAACUGAAAAAUGUUCGUGAACGCUUGGCGAAAAAUUUGGUAGAAAAAGGGGUGUUGACAACAGAAAAACAGAAUUUUCUUCUCUUUGAUAUGACCACUCACCCGCUGACAGAUAACAUUAUGAAAACACGGCUCGUCAAGAAGGUGCAAGACGCAGUUUUAUCCAAGUGGGUUAACGAUGCCCACCGAAUGGACAAACGCAUGCUGUCACUCAUUUUCUUGGCUCACGCAUCCGAUGUGUUGGAGAACGCCUUUGCACCGUUGAACGACGACGACUACGAGCUGGCCAUGAAACGAGUUCGUGAACUUCUCUACCUUGACCUGGACAACGAGAGUGCGAAACCCGGAACCAAUGAGUUGAUGUGGGCCGUCUUUGCUUCCUUUACCAAAUGAUGAUAUUAUUAUUACAAAUAUUGUAUUGCCACCCUAUCCUACCCCUCCCAAGUCGUUUACUAUUGCCGCAGUUUCUAGUUCUUGGUCCAUAUGUAACGUUUUUUUUUUUAUUAUUAUUAUUUUAUUUUCACGUUGGCCCUCGUUUAGAACGAGUGAGCAAUAUCAAGCUUUCUUCUUCUAUUUUUUUUUCUCUCACGACAGUACUGCUGGCUAUCCAAUGAUCCACAUUUAUACGGCGAACUGGCCAGAUUUUGUUUUCAAAUUCAUUCCUGCGCCUUCAGCCACAAUUCGAUUAAUAAUCCGUCUUUCCCAUCACCCCUCCCCAAUCCUUUGUAUUUCUUUUUUUUUUUUCUCAUUAUUAAUCUUCUUAUUUUUAUUUUUUAUUUUUUUUUUCAGAUAUUUAGUAUAUUUCUUGGUUGUGUACUAGUUUUUUCCUUUUCGGGUGUGCGUUGGGAAGCCUUGAUUUCUUUAAAUCAUUUCCAAAAUUACCGAUCACGCUCACAGUGCACGUUUUCCUUCUUUAAUUAAGAAUUUUUCUUCAAAAGGUGAAAGGGAAAAUAUCCAUUUAACGAAACCGUUGUUAUACCGGAACUCCCACUGUUAGGUUAACGGGAGUAAAGUGAGGAAGAGGUAAGAGGAAACAGAUUUUGUGUUACAAGUUACAACUAUGGAAUAUCCCGUUUGGAUAUGUAUUGUAAAUAUACCUUCCAUCGGGAGCGCAGUGCGCCAUCUUUAAAAAUUCAACGUGAAUGUGAACUAAAACGAAUAAAAAAAAAAGAA